CUCAAAAAGGGCUGGAAUUUAGCUCAGUGCUGAGAAGUGAAGAAAAGGUGCCCCAUCUCUGCCUCAGGCAGCUACAUCAGUCUGGGAGCGGGGCUGGGCACUGUUCGAAGCUCCCCAUGCUUCUAGCAGGAUCCCAUGACUACAGGCAGGGCUGGGAGCCACCGGCCGGGUUCAUGGGCCGGUUGCGCCUCAGAGCACCGGGGUUGGGUUCUCCAGGGAUGCAAUCAGGCCUGGGCUUGGUUCCCACCUCUUCUGAUGGGGCGGCUCGAGUUCUCACUACCCUGGGAACAUACUGCUGUCUCUCCAUAGUAGAGCCUUGGAGCCCUUGAUUGCCCCAGAGCUGGAACAGCCACUUCCGGAAGGAGAAGAUAGGGAGCAGCAGCCAUGGCUGGCAAGUGUGUGCCCUGUGCCAGGUCCUGCGUGGCACCUGCACCUUGUCAUUUAGUGUCCGUACCAGCCCUUGAAGGUGGGACUUCAUUCUUAUUUCACAGAUGAAGAUACUGCAGGCCUGGAGGAAGUGAACCAGUCAGGUCACCCCUCUAGGAUACAAACCAUGUGGUAGAAGCCAGACAGCCAGGGUUGCUGCCUGCUAAAGGUGUACAGCGUCAGGCUAGGAUGUGGCCUGGAGCCCACGCCUGCUCCUCCAGGCUCGCUCUGGUGACUUUAAGUGUUCUAUUUUGGGGCUGCAGGUGAUUCUGGCCUUGACCAUUUUGACCUACAAGCUGUCCCUAUGCCCCUUUGCAGGGUGAGAUGACCACAGGCAGACAGCUUGGCCUCAGGUCACACAGGGCAGAGGGAAGGGCGAUCACCCUGCCUCAGGCUGUUAAUGCUGGUAGUGUGGCAGGCUGGUGAUGUGGCAGGGCGAUAUGGGCCUGCCUGGAAUCCAGCUGCUGAUAGACAAACCCAUACCUGCCCAGCCACUUGGGAUGCUCUUGCCAGCAUCUCCAGAAAAUGCUGUGGUACUCUCUGCAGGGGGAGUCUCAUCCCAAGUAAAGGAUGUGCUGCUGCUCAGCCAGUUCCUGCGGCCCCAUGGCGGCAUGCUGCCCCGGCGCGUGACGGGCCUGUGCACGGAGGAGCACCGCAAGGUGGAGGAGUGUGUGAAGAUGGCCCACCGAGCAGGUCUGCUCCCAACACACCGGCCUCGGCUUCCCGAGGGAUUUGUCCCAAAGAGCAAGCCCAAGCUGAACCGCUACCUCACCCGCUGGUCUACACGCUCUGUCAAGCCCAUCUACAAAAAAGGCCACCGCUGGGACAAGGUGCGCAUGGCUGUCGGGUCACCACUCCUGAAGGACAAUAUCUCCUACACAGGCCAGCCUUGGAAGCUGUACCACUGACUCACUCCUGGCCUGAGCCCCUCCUGCCUACCCCACCAGGGCAGCAUGGCCCUUCCAGCACCUGCAGCACAAAGGACAGUGGGGCCACUUCUGUCCUGGGCCCCCUAGCAGCUGUAGUAGCCUCCUAACUACCAGGGGUUGUGCCCUGUUCUGGGGACAGUUUUACUCUAAGGAGUGUCAUUCAUAAACCAGCCUUAUAGCCUUCUGA